AUGGAAGAACAGGGAAAGGAGUGGCAGCCAGCAGCAAGCCUGAAGGAGCUCGCGACCUUGUCGGAGCUAAAACGAGACAUUGUCAAGGGCAAGCUCUUGUCCGGAGAAGCGGCGGGACGGGAGCGUCGACGGUUGCUCGAGCAUAAGCAUAACCAGACGUUAGCAAUCGCGGAAAUGGAGCUCGAGCUUGCGAUCACCCUCGCCGAAGAAAAGACUUCCAUGGCGGUCCAAAACCUGCGGGAGGAACAGAAAGGAUUGGCAGAGCUCAUCCCUGUAGAGGUGCGUGUUAUUCUCCGUCAUACAACAAUGUUAAUCUCUGUUGGAGAAUCGGAAAAAGAGAAAGUACGGAUAUGCGAGAGUUAGAAUCGUUAGUCACGGCCGAUCGAAAUAUAUGGGUGUACACGGCAUCCCACGGUUCAAGAGAAAAAUAUAUACUACCUCUGUCCGAGAAUAUAAGCAAGGUUUGGUCGUAAGGCAAAAUACACCGCGAAAGCGAGCUGUUCAGUGGCCGUGAGUUCGAUCCUGGGUUCAAACACCUUUUUUUUUCGGAAAAACGCUUUUUUUUUUUUUUUUUCCAACGCCUUCCCUUCAUUUUGGCCCCUCGAAGUUGCUGAUUUUUGCCACUCUGGAACUUUGGUCCCGGUCAGCACCAAAGAACUAUCGAAGAUACUUCGCAACGUGAUUGUACAGGUUGUUCAAGUACCCAAAAAUACAAAGAAAAAAAACGA